ACUUCAUCAUCCUCACGUCCCCGGUGAGUUUUUCGGUGAGCGGUCGUCGUCAGACACGAAGAGGCCUUUCUUGCCGAAGAUGGACAGAAGCAUGUCCGUGUCCCUGUGGUGCGAGGAGGCGGAGGAGGACCAGAGCCAGGACCGGGUCCAGACCGAGGACCGGGUCCAGACCGAGGACCGGGUCCAGACCGAGGACCGGGUCCAGACCGAGGACCGGGCCCCGUCUCCACUGCGAGCCGCCUGGGACCCCACGGUGUCCGGGCGCCGCGUCAUCCAGAGGCUGCUCCGCGUGGAGGAGAGGUACUCGCCCUCCGUCCUCUACAUCACCCUCAUCCAGAGGGAGCCGGAGCGCCGGGAGGAGCUCGCCAAGUGGGCCCUGGAGGUGUGCUGUGAGUGUGGCUGUGGCGAGGCCGUGUUCCCGCUGUGCGUCUCCCUGCUCGACCGCUUCCUGUCGGCGUCUCUGUCGGUCCCCGUGUCGCCGUACUGCCUCGCCGCCGGCUGCAUCCUCAUCGCCUCCAAGCUGGCGGAGUGCGACAACGUGACGGCCGACUCCCUCUGCGCCGCCGCCGAGUACAGCUUCCUGCCCGCCGGCCUCCGGGAGAUGGAGCGCCUCGUCCUCGCCACCCUCCGAUGGGACACGGCGGCGGUGACCCCGCAGGACUUCCUCCCGCACUUCCUGGCCUCCGUGGAGGGGCGAGGCGGCGGCGGCUCCUCCGACACCCUGCGGCGGCACAGCGACACGCUGGCCGCCAUGUGCGCCUGCGACUCGCGCUUCCUCGGGGCGCCGCCGUCCGUCGUCGCCGCCGCGUCGCUGAACUGCGCCCUGCGGGGUCUGGGCAACAAGGGGCCCGCGCAGCUGGCGGCCAUUUGUGAAGCUCUGGCGGAGCUCUGUCAGGCGGACCUGGUGGUGCUGCAGUGCUACAGCGACAUGAUCGAAUACGCCCUCCGACAGCGGCUGAGGAGCGGCGUGCAGCAGGGCCCCGCGGAGAAGGAGGAGGAGGAGGUGGAGAACGAAAGGCCCGGGACGCCCACGGACAUGAGAGAGGUUGAUUUCUGAACACUGAAUCAACUGUCAAGCAAUCAACAAAGAAAAGUUCUUUAAAGUCAGUUUAUAUCAGUCAAACUGAUGUAAAUUGAUCGCGACCUCAAAGUGCCCUGACAUGUCUUGAUAUUUUAAAUUAUUUUAUUGAGUGACUUAAUUUAUUGUUUUAAACUUUAUUUAUUUGUGAACAAUUUUGCAGCUAUCUGUUUAUUUCUUGUUGCAUGUGCCAUAUUUUCUAUUAUCUAUUUAUGUUCAUUUUAUUGUAGGCCUAUAGAUGUUAUUUUUUGGGUUGCACAAUAUUUAUACCUUUAAUUUAUUAUUAUUAUUGUUAUUAUUAUUAUUAUUGUUAUUAUUGUUAUUAUUAUCAUCACGUGCACUUGUUGACUCUUUUCUAUGUUAAUUUAUUUCAACUUGCCAUUUGUGUGUGGAAUUAAAUAUACAACAGACCUAUUUUUCAAAGCAAUUAAACGUUUAAAACGUG